AUCAAGAACCAGACGUCGCAUGGCUUUGCAGAAACACCGGGAGCUGCCUGCUCUGCUCCUGAGGCCUCAGCUCCGGCGAGUGCAGGAGGAAGGGGCAGCCGCCUCCUCGCUGACCGUGUCACGUGAAGGUCACAGAGGCAGUGUGGCUGCAGGUGCCUGGGAAACUGACAGCCACACGAGCCAGGGUCUGCUGUCACCUGUGCUCCCAUAACUCUCCUCCCUGACGUGGCCCCUGGGCAGCAGUCCCUGUUUAGAAUGAGGCUUCACACCUUAGCUGGGGUUAGAGGGGGAGAGUCAGGCCUGGCGCUGGCCCCAGGGCAGACGUGGUCCGAAUGCGGCCCACCUCCGCAGGGGCCUUGGGCGGCGGGGAAGUGGCAGCCGGGUGUGGCUCUGCGGCACCCCCCAAGGAAGACAGCCGCAUGUCCACCGCUGUCCUGGCCAGGACAGUGGCCACCAGCAAAGUGCCCAAGGGGCUUUCUAGCAAGCCUAACCAGAGGUGGGGGGGGGGCUUUGGAAAAUUCCAGAAUCCACCCCUCACAGCAUCUCUUCUGCGGGUCCAGCAGAGUACUGCGUUACUUAUUCUCGAGUGCGGGCCGCCGCUGGGGGGACAGGGCCGGCGUCUAGUUCCCGCUGCCCACCAGCGAGUGCCCAGCAGGGGGCCAGCUCCGCGGCCCCGCAGCUCAGCAGGCGUCAGAGACGAGCACGGCCCGCCCCGCCCCAGGAAGAAAACCCGACACGCCCCGCCUGAAGGUCCUUCCCUGCCAGGGGGACCCGCGGCACCACCGCUGCCCCCGGGAGCUGACCCGCUCAGGAAGUCCAGGCAGACACGGGCAGACCUCGGGGACACUGCGGGUCGGGUCCCAGACCACGGCCGUACGAGGAGACAUCCCGGGAGAGAAGGAGCACCGUCUGCCACGACGACAAGCUAUCAGAUCCAACCAGUUAACAGCUUCAAGCACUUCCAGCAGUGCCUGCCACGUGGUGAGCAGGCGUCAGGUGAAAGAAAUACAACAGCAAUAACUGGGAGCUGGCCUGUUUACUCCAAGCACUAGAAGUAGAUCCUUAGCUUCAGAGUUUACCGGGGGAGGAAAUCCUAAACGCGCUGGUAGAACCAAGGUGAAUGUCCUUGUUGGAAGGCAAGACGCAUGCUUAUUUGGGUGCUUGAAUUGCAAGCUGAAGCUUUAGGGGCCCACAGACGCGAGCCUCGCGAGGACCGCCGGCCAGCGCCCUCCGCCCUCCGCCCUCUGCGGUGGGGGCAGAGCGCGCCCCUGGCUGCCCGCCCUCCCUCCCUCCCAGCGGCAGCUCUGGGGACCGAAACACGAGGGUCACACCUUGGGAGCGACACGGGCCUCCCUGCCUGGCGCCGCGGAGGGGGCUCCGCUCCAAGGCUCUGGGCCUGGCCGGGAGGCCCGACACAGCCACCUCCUUCCGGAACCGAGGCACGCCCCCUGCCCGGGAGUAGGCUGGGCCUCCUGUUCCAGGUGGAGCUCCCGGUCAUGCCCUCACAGGACCAACAGCUAAGCUUGUUAAUCCCACCGGGUGCCCAGGGCUACCGUCUACAUGGAUUUCCACUUUAAAAAGGGGCCUGCAUGUGUCUAAUGGCGACCACGGCCCCUUGAAAGGACGACAGAAACAAAGAGCCUGGAGGUGGGUCAUCUCCCCCUCUGCGUCCGGGCCGUCCCCUCGGGAGCUGCCGGGGAAGAGCCCAAUCUCGGGGCUCCCCCACCCCAGGGAAGACCCGAACAGUUUGCUUUCGUUCGAGCGGUCUCCACCCUUUGGUGCAGGGGGAGGCGCAGGAGGGGGUGGCGGGAGGUGGGCCGCACCGCACACGGGCACAGACACGGUCCCUCCCGGGUGGCUCACGCCGGGCACCUGGGCCCGGGCCAUCGGGAGAAGGCACCAAGGACAGACGCCGUCCCGCGGCGGCGGCAGGCGUGGGCCCAGCCAACGGAAGCGAGCGGCUCCUUGGGGGCGGCC